AUGAGGUUACUGAAGAUACUCUUUCAGGAAAGUGCUCUAUUUUCGUUACUUAUUGCAUUAGUUUAUUGCUUAAGAGCCGUAAAAGCUGGGCAAAUAUUUGGAUAAAGCAUAGUAGUAGAUUAUAACUAUGAUGGUUAUGCAUAAAAAAUAACGUUACUGGUUUAAUUUGAAUCAUCUUUAGGCAACACUGAAGCCAUGCAGAUCUAAUUUCCAACUAGUUUAGGUCCUAGCAACUAGGUUUUCGGAAGCAUUUACGAAGAUGGAAUUGACUUGUUAUUAGCAGGAAAUGUUGUAUCAGACUCUACUAGCUAAAACAACUAUUAUAUUUUUGCGUUCAAUGCCAAUUUAAAAGCAAACGUAUUCUAUCGAAUUGAAAUAACAUUUGUAAACUAAAUUAUUAAUAAUUUGGUAUUCAAUGAUCCAAUUUCGAUGUUCACCAUGUCAUAAAUUGGUUCUAAUUCUAUCAUAUACGAUUCGAACCCUUCUCUUUUUUACCUCUACAUUGCUCCUAAUAUACCCAAUGAAACUCUGAUCGUCAACAUUUAGCUGAAUUCAAAACCUCAAGAAGAGUACAUCACUGAUCCAGGAAUCAUUUAUUCUUCAUUCAUAGAUAUAACUCCAUCUAUAUCUAAUAGUUAAGGUGGAUACUACUAUGUUUACAUUGAUGUAGGACCAAAUAUUAUUGGAAGUACAAAUGGUGCAGAUUUUUAGUUUGUGGGUAAGUGCUAAUCUGUUGAAAAUAAAUGUGAUCCAACUUAAAAUGAUCCUAAUUGCAUCAAUAUAAAUCAGGUGAAAAGUAACUGCACGAUUGAUAGCUAAACAGGAAGGAUACAAUUUAUUUAAAAAGAUCCGAUCAUAGCUUAAUAGCCAAUUCGUAUUAAUGUAGAAAUUAAAAAUCCUCUUUAUGUAUCCCAAAGAGAUAUUAAAGUAUACUCGGCAUCUAUUAAUGAUAAGAGACCAAUGGAAAAAGGUAGAUUAGCUUUAGCUUUGAGAGUUACUUAAGUUUAAAUUUAGGUUAAGAAGAUUUAGUACUUGUGGGGUGUCGACUAGAAAGAAAGUAUUUUUUCACCAUACAAAUUAUUUAAAGCUGCUUCUGCUACUCCUUUAGCAGGACCUAUAAAUUCGUUUUAAAUCUACUUUACAAUUCCUACUAUCGUUCCUGAAGGUAGUGAUUUGACUUUGUCCUUAGAAACUGAUUCAACCAGUUGUCUUGAGCACUCUAUUAUUACAAACCUUCCUGUUUAAUCUGGAAAAUAAAAGGUUUCGUGCUAUUUCACAAUUGUAAGUACGCUUGGAUACAUCAAAUGUGUUAAUAUAGGUGCUUUUUAGGAUCCCUCUAUUUAGUAUUUUAUUGCAGCAAAAGUAUAUUAUGCUAAUAGUGCACCUGAUCCAGUCAAUUUCGGUGGAAUAUCUAUAAAAUCAGUGGUUUUAGAUGGUAAUGGAUAACCUAUUCCUAAUAUUAAUCUAUUUGGAGAUGCAUUAGGAUAGAAGAUUACUCUAUAAGCAAAUACUGAAUAUUUAGACACAAGUGGAUGGCAUUCUAGCGCUGCAUGGAGUUUAGGUACUACUCAAAUUAUAUCUACUCCUGAUGAUGGUACACUCUCAGGUGUCCCAAAUGGUAUUAAUGCUCUACUUACAGGAUAAUUAAAUACAGUCGGAAUAAUACCUUCACUUCAAACAAGCCAGUAACUCAUAUUUUUCUUGAAAGUCACUCCUAGUCAAAUUGGUACAGAUAAUAAUUAUUACAGAAUGAGCAUUUUAUAUAACCCUUCUGUGGUAAAGUAUGUAACAGGAUAUGAAACAAAGGGUAUUGAUUUUGCAGCUUAUUCUUCGACAAACUCAAAAUGGGAGCUUGAUUAAUUUGUUUGUUAUUCAUAGGCUAAUAAACAAUGUGUGUGGUAUAAUAAGCCAUAGUUACAGGCUAAUACUAUUGAGUUUACCUAUAACUCUUUAAUUUCUAAUCCUUAUGCUUUUGUGAGAUUUGAAUGCGGACUAACAACUGCUGGAGUUCCUGUCUCUACUUGCAAUAAUUUUUAAGGAUAAGGAACAGCGAAUACCUAAGCAGGAGCCCUUUCAAUGAGAAAUGUUUAUUUUGAUAGUGGAUUCUAAUCAUCUAUAUAUCCUGAUGACAAACUAUUAGAUUUUAUUAUCACUUUUGAGCAGAAAAAAUUUAGUGAUCCUAAUACAGUCUAUACAACAGUUUCUACUCAACUUAUUAAUGCUUACACUAUUCAAAACUAUAGAUUAAGUAAUAUAAAAGUAUCUUAUAUCAACCUCUACUCAUAAAGCUCAGGUACUAUUUAAUCUAACAACGGUUUCUAUGUACCUACAAUGCUUAGAAUUGGUGGUUCAAUUCUCAGAUCUGAAUCCUUAAACCUCGAUAAAAUUCAUGUGUUUUUAGACGAAAAUGUUGAUGCUUCGAAUUUUAUGGAAAACUACAGCACUGAUUAAAGUGAUCACAGUAUUGGAUGUAGCUAAGCUACUUGUUAGUAUUUUGCUAAUUCAGGAGCGUUUUUGUCUUCAGACACUUGGUUUAAUUAAAAAAAAAUUGAAAUUACUAAUUUGCCAAACAUUUAAAACGAAUUUAACAUUCUUAUACCUAUUACUAACUUAAAUGGAAAGCUUCCUAUUCGUUUAGUAAUUGCCUUUACCAGCUCUCAAAAUACUGUUUUUGGAUUAGGUGGCUUAGAUAAAGUUCUCAACGCUUUUAGAGUGGCUGGUCUUCCAGUCUAUGGUAAAUUGCAAAGCCCUAUACCUACUAUGAACGGAAUAGCAAAUAAUGUUGCUGCACUCAGUGGAUAUACUGCUUUAUGGGCAGAAACUGGAAAUACUUUCAACUAUAAGAUGGAUAUUACAAAUGUUGGUGUUUAAAGUACAGUUACUCAGACCUCGCUUGCUGGAGAUGCUACUACUAAAUUAGUUAUUUCUUAACCAACUGAUGCAUAAAUGUAUGGUGCUGGAUUAACAAUAACUAGCUUUAGUUAGAAUAUAUUUAGUAUUAGUUAAAUAUAAUUCAGUACUCCUCCAUCCACCGGUGCUUAAUCCUGUACAACUUUCUAGUAUAAAAUUAAUACCAAUACUGCUCCAUAAGAAAGGUAAAAUUAAUACAAUUAUGUUGUAUAUUGCCCAAUAGACGACUAUACCUAUAAGAUCGACAAUACUGCAACUCCUAGUGCAUUUAGUAUUAUUAUCAAGAAUCCUUCCUUCCCUGGUUUCUUUGUAAAUGGAUAUGAUCUUUCUACAGUUUUUUCUUAUGCUUUUUCUAAUAACAAAGGUAGUUUAAUUGCGUUUAAUGUAGAAUCUUAGACAGUUGCUACUUAGGUAGCAACAGGUGUUGGAGCUCCAUGGGCUUGUACAACUAACACAGUUACCCAAAUUUCACCCUCUAGUACAGGAAGACAAAAACUAUAAUUUGUAAUCUAAUGGAAUAACUCUGAUUUGAAGAUAGACUCAACUGUACUAAACGGGUAUGCUUCAUUAGAUGUUAAAGUAACUUUUACUGAUAUAACUGGUCUUACUUUUUUGGUUACUGCUACUCCUAAAAUCUAUUGUCAGAAUGAUUAGUUUAGUUGUGAGGGAACCAUCACAGGCAAUAGCAUAGAUUUCAUUUUGAAACCUUUAAAAAAUAAUGUAAUUUACACAAUAGAGCGUUCUCAAAAUAUUGUUAUAACUACUUUCCUUACUGUUGGAACUCCUGCCAGUUCUCUUAAAUAUAAUAUUGAUAUUCUUAUUCCAACACAAAAGACUGGAAAGAACUAUAUUUAUGGUGAUUCUUAUAAUAACAUUAUUUACUAACAAUGCGCAUAGAAUCCAUUUGUAUUUAGCGCAAAUCCUUAUGGAAAUUCUCUUGAAGUAACAGAUAUCUCAUACGAAAUUCUAAAUUAACAUGCUAGAGGUACUUUCUCUUUUAAUUUCAAAUCUAUCAGUGCACGUGAGGAGUUUUAUUCAACUAGUUAGUAUAUUUUUACUCUUGGAUUUAUGGCAAGUGCUGAUAAUAUAAGUGUCUUACAGUAAAAUAGUAUUUUUUGCUAUGUGAUGGAAAGAGAUUAUACUACUACAAAUAGUCCUUUUUAGGUUUCACACAGAUGGAAGACUCUUUAAAUUGCACCAACUUUUGCUACUAUCACUCUUACUCCUCAAGAUUUCUUUGUUAACCCUCAAAACUACCAAUUUAAGGUUGUUUGUGUUGGAGGUGUGACAACUGAUGGAGUCAUAACUACAGGUUUAACCGCAGCAUGGAAAGACGGAAGCGAUACAAUACAAUAAACUGCUGCUCCUGUGCUAUCAGGAAAUUAGAUUAAUCCUCAAGUAGUUUUUACUAAUCCUCCAACAAUUGUUUCUCGUUUAUUUGCUAGUCCUGGUAUGGAAGCACAUUAUAAAUUUAAGAUAUAAAUCAAGACUCCCUUGACUGUUUAGAGUAGAAUUUAUAUUGACUUUGGAAUCGGAUUCUCGCCUCGUAUUAACAAGAAUGGCCAUGCAGAAUGCUACAUCACUGAUUCUCCAACUUUUGAUAUAUAAUAAGGAUCUUAAACUCUAACUCUUUGUGAAAUAAUUAAUAGCAGAAGACUGAAGGUAUAUGCAAAUGAUUUAGUUUCCUCACUAUUUUAUAUUGAUGUAUUGGGUGUUUCAAUGCCACAAAAAUAACCAGCAUUUGCCAUUUCAAGGCCUGUCCAUUGGAUUGGUGUUGAUGAUGAUGGUGACUUAACAAACGGAAUUGUAGAGUAAGGUACAUUUUUAGACACCUUCCCUUCUUCAAUAACAUCUUUCUCAGUAAUGUCUCUUUUGAAUAUUCAGCAAAAUACAAAUAUUAUUCGUAGAGCUCAUUCACUCAACUUUACUAUUUAGACUCAACGUGCAAAUAUACUAUCAACCAAUUUAUUCUACAUAGACUUCCCAUAUUAAUAUGAUUCAAUAACUAGAGGUGACAACUAUCCUUGCACAUUCUAAAGAAAUAACUUAUCCACUUAUCCAAAGAAUGCCUAGUCGUAUGUUGCAAGCCCAAAUUUAGCUUUGAAAUGUGAUUUUAUUUCCAAGAGAAGAAUGAGGAUCACAAUAAAUAAAUAAGAUGAUUAAACUCAAAGCAGUACUUAUGAAACUUAUAGCAUUUUUGUUUAAAAUAUUGUAUCCCCCAGUUAAGUAGUAUCUGGACUUAGAUUCACAAUUUUCGCUAGUGAUAGUGCAAAUUUAAAUGCUAUUAUCCUGAUUGCGUAAGAUUACAGUGCAGGAUUUAUUAGUUAUGUAGCUGAAACAGAAAAGACAGAUUUGUAAUGGAAUUCCAUUUAACUACAAUAAUCAUAACAAAAUGUUGUGCUUACUACCUUAAGCUAUCUUUAUAAUUACUAUUCUCCAGUUUAAUACUUUAAUGCCUAUAUUGGUUUUUAUAAUUGUGAUAUGUAGCUUUAACCUAAAUCUAAUACUCAAAAUGUAUUUAAAAAUACUUUCUAGUAUAGCUUCAAUAAUUAUAUUAGCAACUUUUAUUUUGAUAAUAUAACUAAUUACUUAGAAACAGCCUUCACUGGAUAGGCAGUAAGUCAAUUUAAAUUAGCAGCAUAAUAAUCAACUUCACCAGGAAUCUACACUCUUCAUCCAAUUAAGAGUAGUGGAGAUACUUUGUAGUAAUACAUGGACUUACCUCCCUUAAAUGUAGUAGUUAGCACAAAUAAGUGUCAAAUAAACGCUGCAAGUAAUGCUUACAAUUUACCUGCAGAUGGCUAAACACUACCUAUAAUAUUUGAUUUCACAAAUUGCUAUCCUGCAUAAAGCAUCUAAUACAUACCUACUAAUGACUUAGGAGAUCCUACAUAGCUUGUUGUAGAUUAGACUACUUAUUAAGACACUGUUGAUGGUUCAAAAGGUAAUUACAAAACAAAUUAUAGGAUGAUUAUGAUAUUCAAGCCAAAGUCAAGUAACUUAAUACCAGUAGGAACUGUAAUUAACUUAAGUUUCAAUUUAGGAGGAUACAAUCUUCUUAGCUAUAAUCCUCCUAAUAAUGUUUAAUUAACAGUAACUGCUGCUUUGGGAUCAAUUUCUGCACCAGUAGCAGCUGGUAUUGUUAUAGUUUCCUAACAAGCAAAUACUAUUGUAGUAUAAUUUUCAUGUGACUAACCAUCAAUUGUUUUAUACCAAGUUGGUUUAGAAGAUAAUACUCCACCUGCAUACACUGCAAUAAUCACUUAACUCACAAGUGCAAGAGAUUUCUUUAGUGAUAAUGCUGAUUAUCAAUACUUUAAAUAAUAUGGUAGAUUAGUCAUUCCAGUAGCUAAUGGAAAUAUUUAGCAAACAAUAACAAAUUUAUAGAGUUCAUCAGUAUAUAACAUAUACUAUUAUUGCCUUAACUAACAACCUUAAGCCAGUGCUGUUUAAACAGCAUCCUUUUAGGUAACAUCUAAUUAAGGAUAUUUACUUAAGAUAAACUUAUAUUUCAGUGAUAUGAUAACCUAUGCUUAAAAUCAAGAUAUAGCAUGUGCAAUGACUUAAGCUUUUUCACUUAAUUCUCAACGUAUUGUAACUGAUUAAGAUGUCUAAUGUGGUGGUUAAUACCCAUACUUUGUGAAAACUGUUUCUUCUUAAUAUAAAAAGCAAAUAUCAGUCAAUAAAUAAUACUAAUACUCGUAUUACAUUUUACCUGAUAAGACUUUAGUAUAGGAUUUAGUUAAUCUUCAAAUUAAAGAAAUUAUACAAUACAGUACUUUUAAUUUGACUCUUCUCAGCAACGCCCAAAAUCCUUAGCUAUUCCCUCUUCUAUUAGAUACUGAAACAGAAGAUAUUUUAACCUAAUCUCAAGUCUCAGCCUCUUUAAAUGUCGCUUCUUUAGAUACUAAUUAUGCAACUCUUAAUUUCACUUUAAUAGGAUAGAAAGGUUACAUUUAUAUUGGCAUAAUGGCAGGAUCAUAAAAUAUUUAAUUCUAAAAUUUCUUAUAAUUGGUAAAUUAUAACAAUUUGCUUUAUUUCUGGAGUAGUUAUGUUCCUCGUGAUAUUUUACAAACAGUCACAUUUACGAAUCUUUAACCAUAAACUACAUAUACUGUAUUCUAUGCAGCUACCAACGACAAUCCUUCUAUUUAAGCUCAAUCUACAGGUGUACAAACUCAAUACCUAACUACAAAAGCUAUUUAAGUAGUUGUAGAAGCUUAUUCUGCUCAAAUAAUAUAUUCAUUAUUCAUUUUAGCAUUUUAUUUCUUAAUUUGA